AUGGGAAGCCUGUUGUCCAUAGAGCAACUUUACUGCAAAGCGCCCUUUUUGGCGGCAACUCAAACUUUCCUUUCUCCGACUUUGAGUUAUUUGUUCUCCAAAACUAGGAAGUUCGGUACGUUUUCAAUUUCACCGUUCGAUUCGCAAUGAAAAGCUCUACAAACUACUGCUUUGAACUGAAACACCGUUUUUUACUGCCCCUAUGCCUUUAAGGAGGGUUUUGACCAAUUAUCAGGAAAUUCCCAACCGCAAAGUGAAAUGACAUCCCUUGUGAGGUCUCUCUUUGGGGGGAAUUUUUUGCACGUGCUUAACCCACAAUUUGAAAAAUGGAUAAUUCUACCUUCUGAACGCCGAAACUUGCGUAAGAGCUUAAUUCCAUGCUGACACUUUUCUGACGCCAUUUUUUCGUAUCUGAAGAAUUUUUUUUGAGGACGAACGUGAUGAGCAAAGCUUCAACGAGCUUUGCGAAAAGCUGUUAUAAAGACGCGUUUCCUCUGGUGGUCUACUGUACCAAUGUUGGUUCACGUUUCCCAGUUUAGAGGCUUGAAAAUUGUAGAAGAAGUCUGUGUGCCACGACUUGACAUUUCACGGAACGACAUUCCGCUGUUCCGCUGCGUGCGUUCGCGAAGCGUCUUUCCAAUCUAGGUCACGCCUUUCAAUCGAUUGUUAUUGAUGUGGGAGCACAUGAAAGUAGAGUACCUUGAAAAAAGAAAAAAAAAACAAAACAAAAGCGCGACCAAGGUUCGCAAAGGCACAGCGGAAUGUCGUUCGGUGAAAUUCCAAGGCUAUAAGAGAGCUUCAAGAGGGAAACAUUUUUCAGCAUACCAUAAAACAGACGGAUCUGCAAAAGGAGCUGGACGAGGUGACUAAGGAGCGCUCUCCGUGGCCUUACAUGUCGGGGGCUCCUGAGGUCUCAUAUACUUUCCAUUUCCCUUAAAGUUUUGACUCCAGGUCCUGACUUUCGGCUCGAACUUCAUCAAAAUGAUCAACGCGAAGCGUAUCCUCGACAUUGGUACCUACACGGGUGCCUCUGCCUUUGCUUGGGCUCUGGCCACGCCGGAGGAUGGAGAGGUACGGUACUUGUUUGGGGGAAUGAAGUUCAAAAGAGAUUUUUGGAAAGCUCAGGAACUUCAGAGUGGUCCCAAUAGGGGCAAUUUUUAGAGACCCUUGGAGGGUCCCCUCUAGUGACCACUUUACCAACCCCUAUAGGGGCCACUGAAGCUUGCAAAAUUGGUCCUAUAUAGGUUUUAGAUAGUGGUCCCUAUAGGGUAAAGGCUAAUCGAUGAUUUUUAUGAGCUCUAUGUGAAGCAUUUUCAUGCAAAAAAACUAAAAAAAAACUUUGAACAAAAUCGAAGAACCCCUAUAGGGUCCACUUAAGCUUUAGGGGCCAAGGCGUCAGACCCUCAACCCCCAUAGGGACCACCUUGAUUUUACCCCUAUAGGGACCACUUUUUCGGCCCCUAAAGCGGCUGUUUUUCUCUCUAACCCCUAUAGGGACCACUCAAAAAUUCUUAACUGUGUCGCAGAAAAUUUUUCAAGCUUGCACUGAUUUUGAGCAAUUGGCGAUCGCUAAUUCAAUUUUUUUCACUUUUUCCUAUGUUCAAUAUAUUUAUCAUUUCAUUCACGAUGGAAGGGUCUCAAAAAGGUCUUGACACGAUUAGCGAGAGAAUGCGCAAAAAGCAGAUCAUCUUACGACGCUUUUUCGAUAAGCUAGCUUGUGAAGCAACUACAGUCUAGUUUGCAAUAGAGUCUUGGGGUUUUAGAGGGCAAACUGGCCUAUAUGAAGCAUCAUCACUUUGGAUCCCAUAAAUCAAUUGAUUUAUCAGAUUUUGACAACUGACCUUAAAGAUAAGGUUUUUCUCUUUAAUUUAAGUUUUUCCCUAAGGUUUUUUGAGAUUGCUACACAAUUUUGAACUUUUUGGUUCCUGAAACAUGAAUUCAGGUCACCUAAAACCAAAGUUAUGAUUUUUCGAAUUCAAGAAAUGACCUUGUGAGGUUUUUUCGAAAAUAUUUGUUUUCUUUUUAGGAAUAUCGAGCACACAAUCCCUGUAGUAGUUGCUUAGGAUCACUUGCGAAGGUGGUCACUCUAGGGGAACAUGCUAGUCUUUUAUUCUUAUGAACUCAAUGAGAAGAAACAUUUCUGCGAAAAAUACAAUAAAUAACGGUUUUAUGAAUGAAAAAUGCCAACAGAAGAUAAUUAUUUCGAGUUUUGCUAAUUAAUUUCAAAAAAUCAAAAGUCCCCUAUAGGGACCACUUAAGGUUGGGAAUCCGACCCUAAACCCCUUAAGGGACCACCUAUUUUGCCUUCUAUCUUUUGCUUUUUCCCUGAACCCUCUAGAGACCACUCCGACGAUUUCCUAACCAGAGAACGUUUUUAAAUAUUCAAGGUCUAUACCUUGGACGUCUCUUUCGAGAUCUACGAGUGCUUCGGAGUGCCAACCAUCUCCCAGGCGGAGGAGUUCAAGAAGAUCAAGCCGAUGAAGGGACCUGCCCUCAAGACUCUUGGUGAAGUUUCUUUGCAACUUUCGGUUGGGGUUAAAGGCGUAGAGCUAGAAAAACGAAUAUGCUUCAUUUUGAAGAAAAUUAGCUGGAUCAUAGGCGAUUAGUUAGGAAAACUUGCCGAGGUUCAUCAGGAACGAAGAGCUUUAGUUAUAUAUUCAUAAUUUUCAGACACGUUCAUCAGCGAAGGACAGGCGGGUACCUUCGACUUUGCCUUCAUCGACGCGGACAAGGUUAAUGAAAUUUGAGGAAAUAUCAAAAAUAACUUGAAUUUCCUAGCCAAACUACGUCAACUACUACGAGCGCGUAAUGGUCCUCUUACGCAGCGGCGGAGUCAUCUUCGUUGAUAAUGUUCGAAUUUUCCGUUUAUAGAGAGCUUCUUUUGAACCACUGUUUAGUCUGUGUGCUUUCGGAAUCUUAAAUAUACGAAAAAAUUAAAAGCGCGCAAAGGCACGCAGCGGAACAGCGGAAUGUCGUUCGGGGAAGUUCCAAGCCGUGGUACACAGACUACAGUUACAGAUAUUUUCCAAAAACCAUUCUGAAAAUUGAUUGCUGUCAAUGAGUUUUUGAAUUUAUGAGAAAAAUAUAUUGGCCAUUAUUAGCUCCAGGAGACUUGGCCCUUAUAGUAACCGAAAAAGUGGUCACUAUAGGGGCAAUGUUAGACGCUCUUAAAGGGUCCCCUCUAGGGACCAUUUUACCAACCGCUAUAGGGGUCACUUAAGCUUGCAAAAGUGGUCCCUAUAGGGAAAUUUUAGUCGAUAAUGAAACUCUAAGCGAAGAAGCAUAUCCAUGGGAAAAACUGAAUAAAUACCUUUUUUGAAUGAAAUUGAUUGACCCUUAUAGGGUCCACUUGAGUUUUGAAGCGCUAAGGGGUGGGACUGUAAACCCCUAUAGGGUCCACUUGAGCUUUAGGGUCUCAGGGGCCAGGAUCUAAACCCUUGUAAAGUCCACCUUGCAUGGACCACUUUUUCGGCUUUCAUAGAGGCUUUUUUCCCACUAACCCCUAUAGGAACCACUCUGGAAUUCCUAAAAUCCUUCGUAGGUCUAGCCAUGGAGACGAAAUUUCCUCUUCGCAAGUGGAAACUGAAACGACUGGAUUCUUUUAAAUUGAUAUACUCAAUUUUUUCGACUUGAAAAAGAUUCCCGCCAAAAGCCGCGACGCGUACGCAACGCGUUACCCUCGCCAAGUCGGGAACGUUAUUGAAAAAUUUUGACUUUGAGGCUCUCUGGGAAGGUCGUGUCAUGGACACUGCGAAAUAUUCGGAUGAAGCUACCCUUGGAAUCGACGAACUGAAUAAAAAGGUUCUUGAAAAUAUUUGAAACUUUCAAAUCCCUUCAUUUUCUUUGUAGAUCUUCGAAGACGAUCGGAGCCUCUCCGCCUUGGUCAACCUCGCUGACGGACUCCACAUUGCGUUCAAAAUUUGA